CUUCCCUGAGCACCGAGUCAAAGCUUGAGGGGAGUGUCUGCUCCCGCACUUUCGAUUCUGCUUGCUGCCGUUUCUGUCGCUGCAGUCGUCUGCGGGACUCCGCCCGGUUGCCGGCCCCAGGCCGUGUUUCUCCUCCCUACCACCGCCCAGCUCAGCCCAGUCCAGCCCACUCUGCCGUUAGAGGCCCUUCUCCCCAAAGACGCACUUCAGAAGUCUUGCCCUCGUGCACUGAGGAGCCUGGGAUCCCAGACCUGAACCAGGUGAGCCUCGCAAUAUUUUAGCCCAGAAAGAUCUGUGUGGCUCACUUGCCGGCCUCGUUCUGCCACAGAGAGUCCAGAUUUAGCCUUGACUUUUCCUAGUGAAAGACCCUGGUAUCACUAUGACCUCCUCAGGCUUUCUUACCCGGCCUCAGAAAGCAGUGUCUGCUUUCUCCCAGGGCUUGUUUAGAUAGGGGUCUUAACCACACCUGUGACCAGUCUGGCUUCUUCUCUCCUUGUUUCAAAGAAUCUCUUUUCUGCCCUAUCCAACUUCCUUCCCUUGAACUGAAUGACAGCUCAGCAACUUUUCCAGAGAAAAAUUAAAUGCUCUGCCAGUCAUUUAUGGAAGUUCCUUAAAGUGAAAUAACUUCUGCUUUUUUUUUUGUUUUCCCUUUUGUAGGCAGAUUGGUCUCUUUUAAAAUAAUGAAAGGAGUUGAAAUGCGUUGAGACUUCUGAAAGUCCCAUGUAACCACCCAAUUUUUCACACCCUAUCUUCCUUAGACUUGAGCUUGCUUAAACUGUGGUAGGGCUCCUUGCCAGUCUUGAGAACUUCAAACCAAAAUUACAUUUGGCGUCAGUGCUAACAAGCUUAGCACUGAACUUGGGUCUUUUCUCAUUAGUGAAACCCCUGCCUCCGAAGAAUGGGUAAGACGUUUUCACAGUUGGGCUCUUGGCGGGAGGACGAGAACAAGUCAAUCCUGCCCUCCAAUCCAGCCACUGGCAGCCAGGCUGUCAGCUACUUCAGCACCGGUAGCAGCAAGUCUCUUUGUUCCUGUGUGCCUUGUGAAGGAACUGCUGGUGCCAGCUUUGUGACUUGUCCCACCUGCCAGGGCAGUGGCAGGAUUCCCCAAGAGCUGGAGAAGCAGUUGGUGGCUCUCAUCCCCUAUGGGGACCAGAGGCUGAAGCCCAAGCACACGAAGCUCUUUGUGUUCCUGGCCGUGCUCAUCUGCCUGGUGACCUCCUCCUCCAUCAUCUUUUUCCUGUUUCCCCGGUCCGUCGUUGUGCAGCCUGCAGGCCUCAACUCCUCCACGGUGGCCUUUGAUGAGGCUGAUAUCUACCUCAACAUAACGAAUGUCUUAAACAUCUCCAAUGGCAACUACUACCCCAUUACGGUGACACAGCUGAACCUCGAGGUUCUGCACCUAUCCCUCGUGGUGGGGCAGGUUUCCAACAACCUUCUCCUACACAUUGGCCCUUUGACCAGUGAACAGAUGUUUUAUGCAGUAGCCACCAAGAUACCGGAUGAAAACAUGUACAAAAUCUGUACCUGGCUGAAAAUCAAAGUCCACCAUGUGCUUUUGCACAUCCACCAUGGCAACAAGGCCUGCUUCCUCUCCAGGGGCACCCUGACCUGUUCAUACCUGAGCCAUUCAGAGCAGCUGGUCUUCCAGAGCUAUGAGUAUGUGGACUGCCAAGGAAACUCAUCGGUGCCCCACCAGCUGACCCCUCACCCACCAUGACCUGUCUGCUAUCCCUGUACUCCAGGCACCUGCAACCCUGGUCUAUAUCUUCCACAACUCCCUGGUGACUAAGGAAGGACUACAAAGGCUUUGCCAAAGGAGAAGCCCUGCUUCAUCACACCCUUACCUCCCACCCGCUCAGCACAGGAAGCUUGCUUUGAAGUUAACUUCAUACACACACACUGAUAUCCUCCAA